CGACCUUCACUUCACUCUUUUACCGUGCUUCAGUUGGCUUUAUUUUGUUCAUGUGUUGGUAGUCAUGAGCGUUGUUGAAUAUAGAAUUGAGAAGGAAGGUUGGCGUUCAAAAGUGCUCGAAUGUAGUUGCGUAUAAUAAGCAACUUUAUAAUUGGGUUUCUGUG